CCAGUAAAGGUAAAAUUGGUUGUCACAUGACCAACGUGGCUUUCCGACCGCCAAGGCGGAAAUACAUUUUCUACAAGGUUUCCUGGUUCAUGCUAUAUCAUGGCCUCAUUUAAGGUAGGUACAGUUUCUAUUUUAAAUAUUGCCAAGGACAAGCUUAUUGUAUUAAAAGGCAGUAGAAUAGACGAAUUCCAAAAGACUAAUUCAAGUUAUUGACGCUCUUUGCGUUUUUAUGCGUUACAUUUUAUCGCGGCGAUGGAUAGUAAGUGACACAAGAGGUUCCCAGUUCGUCAAGUUAUUAAUAACUGCAAUAGAUUUUAAGUCACAAAUGUGCUUGUGGCCGACCGACUACCCUGAAAGACUUAGGCUUUUUCCUCACUAUUAUAAAACGAUUUUUGUCGUGUGUAUCGAAUAGGCAGCAAAAAUAUGUGAGCAAAGGCCUGAUGGACAUUUUAGGCCAUUUUAAUUUGCAUAUCAUUCAAGUCGGAAUGUUGAAACGAUACAACGAAGUUUUAAAAAAUAUUGUUGAUCAACCCUCCGGGGCUGACGGCAGGAUUAGGGCAGGAACCGCAGCAAAGAUAAAAUUGGUUGUCACAUGACCAACGUAGCUUCCUGAGACCGACAAGGCGGAAUUACUUCGCAAGAAGAUUUUAUUUUGCAUACCUUCUGCCCCGUUUAAGGUACAUACAACUUGUAAUUUAAAUAUUGCCAAGGAAAAGCUUAUUGUAAAGUCACUAGAAUAGACUAGUUCGAGGUUAUUCUGCCAUCGCUUAGCUCGACGAUGCAGUUCGAUGAUUCGAAAUCAAGUCGAGUCUAAGGAUAAAAUCUUGAUAGCUUUAUUAUUCAGAUGCAAGGCUUACAUCAAAUUUAUGCUUUUUAUUUCAUUUCAAGGUGUUAAAUAUAUUUCAGGCAAAAAAGGCAUAUUUCUUGCAUUUUCACGCGUUUUAUUGCUUUGCGUUGGGUAGACUUGACACAAGUCAUUAAAGGGACAGGUUCACUUCAGCGCUUGCUCAUUUAUCAAAGUGCUGUUUUUCUGCCGGGACAUGCUGUAUCAUCGUCUAUGCAAGCAAUAGGAUCAUGUCAUAAUGUUGUCAAAGAACCAAUCUGCACACUCCCCUGGCAGCCACUUGCACUUAAUCAACUUACAUAUUUGCAAAUAGCUGUAUAUUAAUCAACCAUGGAAUAAAACCUUCGCGUCAACAAUAAAUUCAACGUUGGUAGUGUUAAUAUCUUGUAUGGUAUGAUUGGUAACAAUCACCUCAAUAAGUUAACUAAUCAUCUCUUACUACUUGCGAAAUGAUUACAUCUACUGCUGCAGUAUCACAGAAGAGCCUUUGUUAUUAAGUGUUUAUCUAACUAUAGGUGGUUUUCACGUUACGUCAUCGCCGCCAUGCUGGUGGACAGUAAACAAAAGGACGCUCAUUAGCUCGUUUUGUUUGUCCACCAACAUUUGUUCAUUUCACCAUUGUUAUUUGUGUCUCCUGAGAUUAGAUGAAAACCUCCUAUAGUGGUAAACAAAGCCGAGAUAGAAAAACAAAUCGCAGUAAGCGUUAACUCACUUGAAUAUUAUUGUAAUAAAUGGAAACCUUUAAUUGAGAUGAAGUUUGUUCGCUAGCUAUAUCUAAAUUCAACUAGUAAGGUUAUACUCAACAUUAGACUCGCAUUUUAUUGUACUUUAUUGUACUGUAAUACAAUGUACUGCAAUUGUAAAGUAUCGUAAUUUUUUUUUCAUGUUUGUGUAAGUGUUGAUAGAGAUUGAAAGAGAAUAAUAAUAAUAAUAAUAAAAAAACGCUGGUAGUGUUGGCAUAAUCCACUAAUUUUUUUUUCGAUUUUAGUACUCCUCCAUCCUACUUCAGGUUGCUCUGAAAUACACUUCGUCUUUGAAAUACACUCUGAGAUCGCGGAGAUACAUGUGAGCGGGAUUAUUUACCGAUAGAAUUAACAGUAAAUUGGAAAGACAUAAUUUAAUAAAAGAGCAUGCGCUUAACCGUGAACCUGUCCUUUAAUAACAAUCAAAAGAUUUUAAAUCAAAUUUUAAAACUUUAAAUCACCUCAGGCUUUCAUAAUGUACCAGUUUUCGUACUAUUUUAAAAAGAUUUUGUCGCAUGUAUCGUAUAGGUAGCAAACAUACGUGAGUAAAGGACUAAUGGACAUUUUAGGUCAUUUUAAUCAUAGUUAAUUAAAGUGGAAUGGUUGGGUUAAGCCUUUGUUCUAUGUUUUUGUUAGCUUUUUUGGACCUGACCGUGCACAGCGUUCAAUAGCAUUCCUAUCAUUUUGAACUUAAUGACCAAUAGAAACAUUGCAAUAAUUUAUUCAGUCACAAUUUGUCAACAAAAGUCAAAGGAUUGUUCACGGUCAGGAAGCUUCCAAUAUAACCUACAGCACCACUGUUUUCAACUUUGAUGUUUGACGGCUUUCCUAACCAGUCUCCUCUACUAACUAUGUUUUAAUUUGCAUCGCAUUCAAGUCGGAAUGUUGAAACGAUUCAACGAAGUUUUAAGAG